GGAUCUUUGUUUUUGUUAGGUCCUGUUAAACAGAGUGAAUCCUAAUUAAUUCUGCCUCUGGUGGCUUUCACUUUUCUCCAAAGAACCACAGCUUCUCCACUGGGAUCAAAGGAUUUAUUUGAGCAUGGGAAGAGAAAAAUGGAAUAGAUGAAGUUCUCGUGUGAUUUUGGUAGAAAAAACCUUGGUUUGUUCUUUUGUUCAGCAAGAACAAAGAAAAUAAAGUAUUUAAACAGAGACCUGUGCAGAUAAGAGCCUCCAAAGUCAGGGUAACUAUGAGCAGAGGAGCAGCAGCUAUGGCUAUCGAAACCCUGAGAAACUUACAGGAAGACAUAACCUGCCCCAUUUGCCUGGAACUCCUGAGAGAACCAUUGAGCCUGGACUGUGGCCACAGCUUCUGCCAAGCUUGCAUCACUGCGAGCAGCCAGGAGUCGAGUAAAGCAGGGGAAAACAGCUGUCCUGUAUGCAGAAUCAUUUAUGAUCCUGGGAACAUGAGGCCUAAUUGGCAUCUGACCAAUUUAGUAGAGAGGCUCAGAGGGGUCAAUUUAAGCCAAGAGGAGGAAGAGAAGAAGGAUCUUUGUGAGCACCAUGGAGAGAAGUUGCUGCUCUUCUGUAAGGAGGACUGGAUGCCUAUUUGCUGGCUGUGUGAACGGUCCAAGGAACACCGUGGUCACCACACCCUCCUCAUUGAGGAGGCAGCCAAUGAAUACAAGGAAAAACUCCUGGCGUCUCUGGAGCAACUGAGAAAGAAGCAGGAGGAAGCUGAACAAUAUGAAACUGCUCUCAGAGAACACAGAACUUCUUGUCAGAAUCAAAUAGAAGAGGAGAUUUACAGUGUGCAGAAAAAAUUUCAACAAAUAAGAGAUAUUAUAGAUUUGGAGGAACAAAAGGAGCUGCAAAAGUUGAGGAAAGAAGAGAAAAAAAUUCUCCAUGGCCUGGCUUUGUCUGAGGAGGAGCUGGUUAAACAGAGCGAGUUCACGAGAGGUCUUAUCUCCGAUCUGGAACACAAACUUCAGGCAUCCGCGAAGGAGAUGCUGCACAAUGUGAAUGAUGUCCUCGAAAGGAGUGAGGACUUGACUCUGACGAAGCCAGAAACUUUUUCCCUGGAAUAUCUCGAUGUAUUUCAAACCACUGAUCUAAUUAAGAAACUGGAAGCAUUUGAUGAACUGAAAAGUGUGCAAUACUACUGGGUUCAGAUGACUCUGAAAGUUCCUGACAAUAACCCAGCUAUUACUGUUUCUUUAGAUGGAAGACAAGUGAGAUGUGCAGGCAAUAGGAGUUCACAGCAGCGUUCUUCAACAGGGAUUUGUGAUAAUUAUGUUCUUGGCUCUAAAGCUAUCAAAUCAGGAAAGCGUUACUGGGAGGUAGAUGUGUCUGACAAACAGGAAUGGAUGGUGGGGGUAUGUCACAUUACAUCAAUUAGAUCCUCUAAAUUCAACCAACAAAAUAAUUAUAAAUUUAAUUUGUCUUUUAAUGAGUCCCCACCAUCCCAAUGGUGUCCAGACCCCCUCCCUGUACCCAUUAAACAGCAAUCUUUAUUUCACCCUCAAUUUUGCUACUGGGUAAUAGGGUUACAAAAUAAUUCUCAGAAUAAAGUUUUUGUGGAUACUUCUGACUAUAAUUCUAGGCCCUUGACUCUUUCCAUGACAGUUCCUCCCUGUCGUAUUGGGGUUUUUGUUGACUAUGAGGAAGAGACAGUCUCAUUUUACGAUAUCACAAACCAUGGAUUUCUCAUGUAUGAAUUUUCUUCGUGUUCCUUUACUGACAAAAUAUUUCCAUAUUUCAAUCUUAUGAACUGUUCUGGCCCAAUAACUUUGUGUACACCAAGUUUGAUGUAGCACACAUUCCCACAUUUUCAUUGUAGGGUUAUUUGCAUUUUUUGGGGGGAGGGAGAGGAACUGGCGCAGUAAUGCUCAGGGGCUAGUCCUACUCUGCACUCACAAAUUACUCCUGUCCUAUGUCAGGGGACCAUCAGGUCAGCCAUGUGCAAGGCAAGCACCCUAACUGCUGUACUACGUCUCUGGUUCCAAUACUGCUUGAUUUGGGUGCCUCCAAUUCAUUGAACUUAACCGUACUAUCCUUUCAUGUUUUCUAUCAUGUAAUUUUUUUUUCAUUAGAACAUCUGUCAUUCAUUAAUAGAGUGUUUACUUUUCCAUGUACUGGUUUUACUAUGCUUACAUUAGGAGAAAUCUUUGUUCAUCAUUUUCACUGCUUGCAAAAUAAAAUGAGACCUCACAACCACCCUCUUGCUCCAACAUAUAAAAAAAAACCCACUACUAAGAUAUGGAAGAAAUAGCACUGCCAAAAGCUUGCAAUUUUUGUUUUCUCUGCCAUUGACAAAACAUGCAGUGAUACUGGGAUACUUUUAACACUUUUGUUUAUUAUUUUAUGUAUGGGAGUCAAAUCUUUCACUGAUGAACGAAUGAGUCCUUAGGGGUAUAUUACUUACCCAGAAAGACCAUCAUAUAUAAGUUUUAGAAAAACUAUAUUAAGUAUUAUUUACUAGAUGGAAGUCUUUUAUGUCUAGUGUGUCUGAACUCAAAUAUCCUCUUUCCACAUACUAACAGUGUAUUCUUGAAUUAUUUCUGCUUUGGGCUGGAGCGAUAGCACAGCGGGUAGGGCGUUCGCCUUACAAGCGGCCAACAUGGCCGACCCGAGUUUGAUUCCUCUGCCCCUCUCGGAGAGCCCGGCAAGCUACCGAGAGUAUUCGGUAUGCCAGACACAGUAACAACAAAAGUCUCCAAUGGAGACGUUACUGGGCCCGCUCGAGCAGGUAUUACAGGCUUAAUUCAGUUUUAUUGAAAUUUAAUUUUAACUGAGCUUUGUCCAGAUUACUAUUUCAGUCAUAUAUUAAGAAUUUAGAAUUAAUAUUGUGUGACUUAUAGACCAUGGUGUAGCAAAAUGUAUGUUUCUUUUUUCUUCAUUGGCCUGAAUCAACUUUACUUUGUAAUGUAAUGGUCAACUUUACUUUGUACUGUAAUGAAGUGACCCAAAGUUAACAGAAAAGCAGGUGGCUGCUAACAGCUGGGAAGCAGAAAGCGAUGCUCUAAGGAUGCAGGGACGAGAUGCUGAGAGAAAACCUGAGUCUAGAAAAUGUCACUAUCACAUAUUGCUCUUUUCAGCUGCCAAGUAGAAAAUUCUUUAUCUAUUAAAGGCUAACUGCAAGCAUUUGGCUUCUGUACUGUCAUUGCGCUUGCUUGCUUUAGUUAAUGACAAAUUUGAUUGAUGUUACCAGGCAUAAUGUAAUAAGAAAUGUUUAAAACUUUGCUUGGACUUAGGUUUUGGCGGUUCAUUGCACUGAGACCCUUAUUCUCGGGCUUGGCAGCCUCUAUAGGUUAAUAAAUGUUCUUCAA